AUGGCCAACUUGACCUCCAUGAGUGGAUUCCUCCUCAUGGGGUUUUCUGAUAACCAUGAGUUUCAGAUUUUACUUGCAUUGCUGUUUUUGGUGACAUACCUGUUGGCCUUGACAGGCAACCUCCUCAUUAUCUCUGUAACCGGCUUGGACCAUCCCCUCCAGUCCCCUAUGUAUUAUUUCUUGAAGCACCUCUCUCUUCUGGACCUCUGCUUCAUCUCUGUCACAGUUCCCCAGUCCAUCACAAAUUCACUUAUGAACAAUGGUUACAUAUCCUGUGGCCAGUGCAUUCUUCAGGUGUUCUUCUUCAUAGUUCUGGCCUCAUCUGGAGUUGCCAUCCUCACAGUGAUGUCUUAUGACCGGUAUGUCACCAUCUGUCGGCCCCUGCAGUAUGAGACCAUUAUGAACAACUAUGCUUGUAGGCAUGCAGUGACAGCUGUGUGGCUUGCUGGGGGCCUCUCUGGGCUCAUGCAUAAAGCUGUGAACUUCUCCAUACCUCUCUGUGGAGAGAGAGUCAUUCACCAAUUCUUCUGUGAUAUUCCUCCGCUGAAACUAGCUUGUUCUCAUGAAUUCAUCAAUGAGAUUGCAGUGGCUGCCUUCACAACCUCAGCAGCAUUCAUCUGCUUGGUCUCCAUUGUGCUCUCCUAUGUUCACAUCUUCUCUACUGUGCUGAAGAUCCCAUCAGCCGAGGGCCAGACCAAAGUCUUCACCACCUGCUUACCACAUCUGUUUGUAGUCACCUUCUUCCUCUCCACUGCAGGCUUUGAGUUUCUGCACCCCCCUUCCAACUCCCAAUCAGCUAUGGAUCUCAUGUUCUCCAUAUUCUAUACGGUGAUACCACCAACACUCAAUCCAGCUAUCUACAGUUUACGGAAUGAAGCCAUGAAGGCAGCUCUGAGGAAGGUGCUAUCAAAAGGAGAAUUUGCCCAGAGAAAGAUGUAUUUAAAAGCCAUUUUUAAAUUCUAA